ACACGCUUGAAUAGUUUUUUAAACGUUCUUUCAGGUAAAUAGGAAUUAAAAGUUCUGGCGAGAAAAUGAAUCGCGUGUCUUAACCAACAACAAUGAAUAAUUAUGAUAAAUUUAUGCUACGGACGACUCUAACGCAAUGUUAUUAAGAUUGUUGUUUAGCUUGGCUAGGAGCACUGGUUCGUCGUUUAAACGGUGUUGAGAUAGCAUAUAUUGCUUCUAAUAUUACUUAUAAGGAGCUUUUUAAUUAUUGCUCAAGAGCACAUAUACAUUGAUAUUAGACUCGGGGUAAAAAUUGAGAUAGAAAUUUACAGUUGGAAGUGCGAUGUUGAGUUCGCAACAUGCGAGUAUGUGUCAAACUGGCAGCACCGAGUCUGUGCGGAUAAUUGCUUAUUUACCGAGACUUAACUGCUAUUCAAUUAAUUGAUAGUAAAUGUCAGGGCUAAAUCCAGUAUUUAGAAGGCUUCAAAUUUAGCAGGGCUCGUGUUUGUACAAGAACAGUACACAAUAAUCGAGUCCACAACUCCAAACUAACUCCAACUGCGCCAAGUCAUUUUCGUAUUCUCCAGAAAAAUAACGCUCUUGGGUUGACUAGCGAGUCGUGCUGCUGUUAACUUGUCAAAUCAAUCGCUCUACUGAAUCGAUAUUUUGAUAAGCUUCACUGGAUUGCAUUCAAAGCAACGCUUUUGAGAACAAAAUCCAACACUUUAAUGCUUUGAAACCGAUAAUAGGAUCUACAACGGGUUCAGUAGAUAUACGAUUCACCCGACAAAAAACUCGUGGUCACAUCGCCCACAUACUACAACAACACAAAUUCGUCCCCGGCGAGUUCUUCAGAGUCGUUCCAUCCGGCAACACAGGCUUUCGAUCAUUAAAGUUUCUGCUUGGUUGAAGAGGUUGAGCGAGUCUUCUAGGCAUUGCUCAGACGAUUUCGUGAUUAGACACCCAAGGAAGAAUGUGGAAAUAUUUUUUUUCUCUCCUCUCCCGUCGACUCGACUACUGGAUCACUCUAUUCUUUUGAAUCGACUUCCAGGAGGACAGGAAGCCGGAAACUUCCAUGCUGCUGUCUCAACCGAGCCACAUUUUCAAAACAUGACGCACUUUCAUAGCAACCUCCGUCCUUUUCCUCACCUAAAACGAACAGAAAACGUCCUAGCCACAGAAUUGGACGCAGCUGACGAAUAUCAACGGUCGAACGACCGGUUCCAAAGCACGACGUUGUUUUGGUGACGCGGUGUAGAUAGUGAUGGAACGCUCUCUUGGGGAGGAUGUUGUUGUGUUCAUCUGUGGUACACCGGGACAACGCAAUUCAGGCCAUGCGUGUUUUCCUUGAAACAACACACGGGCAGGAGUCCAAACCACUCUUUCCGUUGCCCCUUCAGAUUGAUUUUUUGUGGUAUUUGUGUCAUGUGUGUGCCGAGUAUUUUUCUUUGUUGGCAUUUCAGAGAACAAGCACCUUGAGAGUUUCAGAUAAUUAGUGCAAAAAUCAAUUCUACUUCCUAUGCUAUCUUAUCAUUUGUUUCUAUUUUCGUGUGAAGCUCUAUUAAAAUCUCUAGAAUCCAAAUACAAAAUUUGGUUCCUUGUGUACUUUGCUAGGCAGAAUGACUAGGUCAGAGACUGACUGAUUUUAUUCAUCCUCUCACUGAGGCACCCUUCCAGAACUUCAGAUGGCAAAUGUCUUCGUUCAACUUGUCGUUUCAGACACAGCCACUAGAAAAUCUCAACAUUGUCUGUGUGGAAAAACGCUAUCACAUUCCAUCAUGUAAGAACUAACAGAAGCUUCUGUUACUUUUCCUGAGUCGUUUCCUACCGGCGGUUUAAGGCAGAUACAAUCAGACGGUAAAUUGUCUUUCACUGCACUGACAACAUAUCUACUUGUUGUUCGGCUGCACAGUAUCACCUGGAUCAAACAUAAGAGCCCUUUGGACAAAUUUUAGCCUGACACGGAACUUACUGGCCUGUAUUAUUUUUUCCUUUAGAACAGGUAUGUGAGGGUUUUUGAACUGUUUCGUAUCUCGAAAUAAGAUUCAGGCCCAAAAAGUGUAUUGUAGAGAAUUUCGCUACGAUACUGUCGCAGUCCUUCGGUAGACUGAAGGGCCUCUGAAGGUAUGCCAAAAUGACCUAUGACAAUUCCCUUGGAAAAUGUGCACCAAAUAUAACUUUGUGACGGUUUUGGUUAUUACUUCCUUCUUGAAUUAUUGUGAGCCGAUGUGUAUAAGGCCAAUUUGUGAUCGAGUACAGCUUUUUACUGAAUGUAUAGGAAAUCGGGUAAUCAAACUACAGUGGAACUUCGUCAUGCGGAUACACAACUUGGAGUACAGUUCUGUCGUGACAAAAAAGCUGAAUCUUACAGCUUAAAAUGUAGAUCCUCUAAGUGCUAUUUCAAAGACAUUUUGGGAAAUCUAAGCUCGUUUUCGGCUGCCUGUUGAUCUUUGAGACAUUAGUGAUAUCAUGCGUUGAGUUUUAAGAACUGAACUGGUCAUUAAUCGAGUGCGAUAAAGCCUUUGGCUUUCAACAUAAUAGAAAGGAAGGUAAUUGAAUGCUGUUUCAGGAGCUUCUUCGUUUUUCAGUGGCGAAUGAGAAUCUUGUCUGUAAAAUAAAUUCUUCUUGGCAACGAUUAGGAGGUAAAUAAAGCCGAGAAUUAAAUACCCUGAUUUUAGCCGAUACUUGGCUUCGGCGUAAAGUCAUUGGCAUGAUAUUUCCACAUGCAGUCACCUCGUCAAACUGCGAAACAAUGAAUUCAAGAAAACUGACUGUAAACGUUCCAAUUCCAUAAAAGCGUGUUCUUGCAAAUAUAAGUUCAAAGAUGAGCAUAUUUUCCCUUGGUUUAAUUUUUAGAUAUUGUGAGUUUGUAUGUCCUCUGUUUUCCUAUUAAAGGAAACGAGAAGAAAAAGAAUUCCAGCAGGAGCUGUAUUUGCGUGAAUUUUCACAAUCCCACCCAUUCGAAUGUAAUUUUGGCAAACCAGCUCAAGGUUGGCUGAUUUUUGAUCAAAUUAUACUGUGAAAUAGAUGGAUCUCCGAUGAUUUACUAGACUAAUGAGACUGCUCUAAUGCUCGUGAACAUGAAGCUACCGAGCAAAUCAUAGGUAAGAAAAACUCUCUCACGCAUCGAGGUCAUUAGUUUAAGAAGCUUGGUGUCUUAUCAACUUUUUCGUAAAUGUGGAUGUUUGGAGAUUGAGAUAUCAAGACUUCGUGACUUCGUAUUCGAUAUAAAGCAAUAACCACAUUUACGUUAAUGUAGCUUCAGGAAACCACAUAAAAAGGAUUAAAUCAGUUGAAGUAGCUUGUAAGACUUCCUUGACGAAGAAGUUAAACGGCUGCAGAAGAGAGAAUGUGGUUUCGGUGACGCCCAGCUCUUAGGACAUAGAGACUCACUGAGCUGACCAAUUGUCUUUUAGAACAAUUUAAAUUGCUUUAAAAAUACCAUAGUUGGUUAACAUGAUUUAUCCGAAUCCACAAAUUAGAAAUAAAACGACACAGUCAUUUGGCAAUGCUAUGGAGACCCCAAGGACUGCUUAGCUUGAAACAUGCCUUUGAUGAAUUUCUUGACUGAAAUCUAUUUAGGGAGCUGUAAAUGUUUCAUUCAACAGGUGAUAAAUGGAAAAAAAAAAAAACAUUUAACCAAAGCUGUGUGCGGCUUUUUUUUUUUUUCCCAAACUUAAUUAAACGUUAACUUGUAUUUCAAGGUUGUAAUUCAGCUUGUCAAAUAAAAUUGCUUUCAUCUCUGCUAGCACGCUAUGCAUGCGUCUGAAGUUUAAACACAUUGCAGGGUCGAGUUAUUUAUGGUUUUGUGGAAAGUUAAAAUAAGUCCUCCCCACAUUUCCCUUUAUAACUAAAAUCGAUAGCCUAUAAACCGCAGACAUAAAGGGAGCUAAUUUUGUCUUUUCAACCAGAUACGACGGUUCUGGUGACCUUUACAGGCAUGCUUUGUUAAGCACACCACGCAAGUGAACAAACAUGCCUUAUCUUUAUAAGAUCUGCUUUUGAAACAAAGCAUUCACAUACUUUUAAAGGUAAAAGACAUCAUGAGAAAAUUGAGUAAGUAGAGUAGCUGCUUUCUUCUCAUGUUUUCCCCUUGGGAUAGUUUUUCUCGUAUUUGAACAGAAAUUGAGUAUUCAUGUAUUAUGCACCGUCGGAAUUGGUCAAAAUAUCCUGCAGUUUUCAACGAAACGUAAUGAAUCAGUAAAGAAGCAUCUUUUAAGCGUUUUGAGGCAUGGCUACCCAAUUCAAGCUUUAUAAAUAUCGUUUUUUCUUUUUGAAGACGAUCGCUUUUUGGACUAAACAAAAGCAACGAAUCCGCGAUUUCAGCAUUAGUUAAUUACCUAAUGUACCUCAUUUGCUGUAACUCGUCUAUCUAUCUUUGCCAAUUCCCUACAGUUCCACUGAACCAGACUGAUUGUAAUUCGAAAAUGGCCUGAAUGUGAGCCGUGUGAACCUCUAGCAAAGUAGGAAUGAAUUACAUAUCAGCUUUUAUUCCGAAAAGGUUCCAUUUGGGGUUCAAAUAUGAAUACAAUAGGGCAUAUGUAUUUUUGAUCAAAAUAGUGAUAGGCCAUUGAAUUGAUGUGAAAGCUCAAUGUUCCACUGAAGCCAAAUGGGUGCAAACAGUUAACAUGACUAAUUUAUCACGGAAAGCAAUUUUAUAGUCAGAAUAUAUACCAUACUUAACUUAGACUUGCGAGGAAAAACAACUUUGUUUUCGAAUUCAUAGUCAUGUCGCAGUAUAGCUGGCACCUUUUUGAUAUUUAGCUUGAAUCAUAUGAUGUCGUAAACAUGGGUUAGGUGCGCUGAUAUUGGCUCACAAUACUAUACUGUGUUGUUUGGAUGUUCAAAGUGUUUUAGUUGCCGCCCUUAUUCCAUUCCAUCAUGAAAUGGACGAGAAACAAGCUUUUUACUGAAUCUUUACUGCCCAUGAAUUGCUGAUUAGGCAACUUCAUCAUUGGGUCUUUUCAAAUGGGAGUCAACAGCAUUUGUGAAUUGUAUCGUGCAGGAAAGCAAGUCUUGUCUUUUAUUAUUUCUUUUCUCUGGAUGGGUUUCGUUAAAGGUGCAAUAUUACUAGUGAAAAAUUAAACAAGAAAAUACCAGUAAGGUAAUUGCGUAUCAGGAAGCAGUUUGCGUGCUUUUGAAGUAAGGACACGACUUUAAAAGGGUUAAGAGACGUGAAAUAUCGUGUUGCGUUAGAAUGCUUUGGAACGUUUACAACCAGGGCCCAUCUACAGCGUACCUUGAAAGUGAGACAUUCUUAUCUGAGCAAAUCUGUUUCAGAUUUCUCGUUUAAACAGUUUUACAGCUAAGUCGAUCAGCACAGCGGACUCGGUUGACUGCGACAAAAUGGCGGGCUAUUUUGGUCAUGUCGGAGGACAUGUGCCUCCUUAUUCAGUAGGUGGCCAUGGAUUGAGUCAUCCUGCUCCAAAUAUCGAUUUCUUCAGCCAAAUGGCACCUCCACCAUGCGCUCAUCCACGAAAACAGCGCCGAGAACGAACGACUUUCACUAAAGCUCAGCUUGAAAUUCUUGAAGAGCUUUUCACCAAAACAAAAUAUCCUGACAUCUUCAUGAGAGAGGAGGUCGCCAUGAAAAUCAGUCUUCCAGAAAGCAGAGUGCAGGUGUGGUUUAAGAACAGAAGAGCCAAGUGCCGUCAACUGGACAAAGCCGCCGAAAAUAAACGAAAACUCGAGAAGAAAUCCUCGCCUGGAACAGUUCCUCCUUCAAAAAUCGAGCAAAAGAAAUCAAGUCCUUCGCCUUACCAGCUGCCAAGCUGCAGUGCGAACAUGAAUAACAUGUGGCAGAACGGCCCAGCAUCGACGCCACUAACACACAGUCAAAAUUUCCCAACUCCUCCCGUGCUGACAAACAAUUCUGGUCCGGUGUUCAUGCCUCCCCCACACCCUCCCCCUGCGCCUGCACCUCCGCCGUAUUAUCGACCAAACUCGGACUGUUCUUACAUGUCGUCACCUUACAUGCAUAUGAACAGGCCUGGCGAGCAGGCUUACCCCCCAACACAUAUGUAACGACUGUUUAGGAACAAACGUCUGUAUAUCUUGCUAAGAAGUCGUGCACAAGAGUCGUCUUCGCCGAAGGGAAGAGUAAGAACCGAGUUUCUCACGAAGAUUGCCGAAGAUGUCCGAACGUGACAAGGAGUACGCUAGACAAGCACAUCGAACGUUUGGAUUCGGCAAAACUCCCAAACGGGCAGUUCAUGCUAACUUUAAGAUGGAGUAUUGUAAAUAAGAUUUUAAGCGCACAGCUGUCUCACUAGACGUGAGAUUAGAACAACAACGAUCGCUGUUAGAGUUCAUUAAUACAGAGUUUUAUUGCUAAAGAAAGCAAGAUUGGUCAUUUAUGAAACGAGGAGCUGCGUAUCUGUCAUAGAGCAUCUCAACGGCUGAAGAGUUGCGUCGAAUGCGAGUGGAGGAAUGUGAUAAGAAAUGUAACAAGAAACGGGUUGCUAGAAAGUUAGCAGGGAAGCAUUGUCCUAAAUACGAGUAGACUUUUCUAAUGGUUGUCUUUUCAUCUAAACACGUUCAAACUCUCAAAAGUCACUAACGCUGAGAAAUGCUUUGUCAUACAAUGGGCAAAUUGUUUUCUAGCCAAAUACUUUGUUUACACCAAACACGAAAAAGUGACGAUGAAACAGCAGGAAAAAAAGGAAGAUAACUGAGAUUCGGGAAGGUGGAUAUGGCACAUGAAAUGGCAACUGGCAAACUAUAACGCAACCCUUUAAGUUUUGAUUCCUUCCCAAACCCUUCUCGUUUCAAAAGUGACCAGCAAGACAUAUAUUUUUUUCUUAAUUUUUCACGUGCAUCCUUGUUCACUUAUGUUUAUAUAAAUGGAGGCUUUCCUCCAAUGCAGUUAGAGACGCUAGUACAUUUGCAUAAAUCAAAGCACAUAAACACAUAUCAACGCAUAGUAACUUGUUCUCGAAUUUCCUUAACACAUAAUGAACUCAACGAACCAGUAAUAAAUUAGAAUGAAGGGAUA